GCGGCAUUCGAGAUAAAAAGUUUCCAAACGAUUAUUUACAAAUUUGACGCCGAUUAUAAGAAUUAAUGUCGAAAUGUCAACCCGUGUGUUUUGUUACAAUAGACAAAUACAACCAGAGUGUGAAGAAGAUCUUAAAGAACGGUUCGGAGCUUAUGGAGAAAUUGUCUCUUUUGUUCUUAAACCAUCUUUUAUUUUGGUUAAUUAUGCUUCUUCAGUGUCAGCAACGGAAGCAAUACUCAGUGAGAAUAAAAAAGAAUAUAAAGGGCAUCUAUCAGAGGUACGCGAAGCAUCAAAGAAACCUAAAUUAAAUCCUAAAUACGAUGCUCCUCAAAUAAGAUCCUCCUACAACUCAUCUGUUUCAACCCAGGGUCGUGUUAUCCAAACUUUGAUUUCACAACCCCCGGUUUACGCCCCCCCGAUGCCUCAACCUAGCCCCUGGCAACCUUAUCCUGCAUACCACCCUGCCCCACAACAUUAUCAGCCGGUGCCACCGACUAUUUUCAGUCAGCCACCGCCGAAUUUCCGCCCCAGCGUCCCGGUUGAACAACAUGUGAAGUCAACUCCUGCUGUAACAGUGAAUGAUGUAGGAAUUAUAUGCUUUAACCCAUUGUGUCGAACGUAUGUAGAACAGCUUGACGGUCAAAUCAGACUAAUGGGAUUGAAAGUUGAAAUUUUAUUCCCUGAUUCUACCAUGUCAACAAGUACAGUUCUAGAUAAUAUUGGAUCUCGUGGAGUAGCUUUAGCACUUCUAGUCUCAACCUCGAAUGAAGAGAAUAAAACUGUCACCAUCAGAAUGCUCAAGACUGUGAACGGUGUUCAGCAACACCAUAAAAAUAUUCCUAUCGACGCUGCUUUAUCUUUUAUAGGUAAAACCUAUAAUAAAUUUGUGGAUCUAAGUUUGUUAAAAAAUAAAAUAACCUCCACGGGCCUUCCUGCCGACAUUAAGAAAAUUAUAGGUUUUUUGAAAUCCAGUCGACCUGUCUCCUGUUUUGAACUUGAUAAGAUGAUCCGGUUUGUUGUGGAGCGGAGACACCAAUUCCUCCUGGAUGAAUCUCCUGAUGGUAUCCCGGAGCAUAUGGUUCACCCUGCUGUAGGACCUUACCUGGACCCUGGGCUCAGGGAGGAGAAGGAGAAGAUGGCCAAGGAUCUGUUGAAGAUUCUUAACUUUGAGAACAAAAAACAGAUAGACCCAGAUAUUAACAAGGCAAUUGAUCAACUGCUUGAAGCAGGUCCUAUUCUUCUCUCCAACCUGAAGACAACCAACACUACGAUGAUCUCCUACCCGUCCCAGACAGCCUACAUGGCAGCUAAAAAGUCAGAGUCCGUGGAUCCGCCGGAAAUUUCAGAAGUUAUUUCGGCAGACAAUAAUGAAUGGAGUCGCCGAUCCCGGGAUCGGUCGCCGGUUAGAAGAUCACGGGAUCAAAGACGAUCCAGUGAUCGUCGUCGAUCAAAAGAACGACGGCGAUCCCGGGAAAAAAGAAGUUCCCGAGAGAGACAGUCAUCUCGUGGGUCAGUUGCUGCUGCAACCAGUGUUAAAUCCAGUUCUAGAACUUUCGUAGAAACAGCUGAAUCUGAAGAAUCCAUGAUGAUGAAAAUGGCGGGAAUUCCCACUGGUUUUGGCGGGAAACCUAAAAAAAACCGAGCAGCGGCAUUUGUCGUUGAAAAAAAUCAGCCACUAAAUUUUGCACAACAAAAUCCGGGAAAUCCAGGAUAUUCUAACUCUACCGGACUUCCACCGCCACCAGCACCCGGCGCUGCUCUUUUCCCAAUCAGCUUAUAGUCUUUCUUAAUUUCGCAUUUCUUACUAAGACUGUGCGUUAAACCAUCAAAUAUUAUCUUGUGUUAUGUUUAGCAGAAUAUUUGUAUAUUUUGUUAUUUUGUCUUGUUUCAGA